CUUCGGUCUACUGCUUCGAAACCACGAUCAGAGAAGAGAAAAUAUAACAAAGUUGAUUACUUCUCAGCACCUUUGCGCCGAUCCAGUCGAUUGAAAGGCAACAAUGUGGACUCAUGCGGCACUACUCCACCAGCAAAAAGGAAAUUGGGACUUUUUGAUGAAGGAGAUGAUGAAGAUGAUAUUAAGAAGAGACCAGCCAAUGCACCUCACUUGAGAGUGAAAUAUGGCUUAGUGAUGCAUCUCUCGCCGGAAGCUUUGGCUCGGCGUUGCAACAGCAAGGAAAGGGGAACUAUCUAUGACCCUAUUUUGGGUAUUUGCUGUCACUUUUGCAG